AGCGAUAACAGCUGUUCGGCCAGAACUGGCAACUUAUUUGUGGCAAAAGUGAAGCGGUCAGCGAAACAAUAUUUAUCCCUAGUUUUUCUUUAUUUUCUUUAAAAAUCGCCCUAACCGCGUAUAUAACUUACGGUGUUCGUUUUGGAAUAAACUCAGGCAGCCAGUCUGCUCGCAGUAUAAACUUGUUUUGCUGCAUGCGCGGAGAUAGAGAAAAGAAAGAAGCCGUGUCCCAAAGUGUAUUUGUUUACACGCCACGAUUUCCUGAGUCGAGCCUCGCAACCAGCCAUUAUGAGAUCGGAUAACUUUCGAUUGAUUGCAGAGGUUGCCAAGCGGCGACCGCUCUGGGACACCAACAUGGCGAUGGCCUGUCGCAAGGACGAGUUCCUAACGCAGUGGGCAUGUGUGGCGCACCAUAUGCAGUUGGACAUCAUAACGUGCAAGAAACGGUUCAAAACCCUGCGGGACAGCUACCGCGCUGAGGUGCGCAAGAUCCAGCAGAAACGCAUCUCCAUGUCCAACUGGCCGUACUUCCGGGCUCUGGAGUUUCUGCGUCACAUCUUCGAUCCACAGUGCCUGGUCCCGUUCCCGCCAGAGCCUUUUGACAACGGGGCCGAGCUGGCAGAUAACUACGACCUCAGCGGGCUGGGAGACUUCAGUAUCGAUGUGGAUGUUGAUCUGGACAACGAUGAUUCCGUGGACUUUGAGGUCAUUGGAGACAUUUUUAAGCGUGAGCCCUCAGAGCGUCAGGAUUCGGGCUCUGAUCUGGGUUCGGUAACCCGGCAGCAGCAAGCGGACAGCUCGACUGCCAAUAAACUGCCUAACUCGGACCCGGAGCUAUCGCCCAGACUGCUCUCGCCGCUACACCUACCCCCCAAUCACGCGUCGCUGCCCCGCCCGCCGCCGCCAUCGAAGAGAUGCCGCCGCCGAAAGACCUCGUCCUCAUGCGACGGACCUAUUUCGAGUGGUUACAGCAGCAGCCAUCAGGAUAUGUCCAAAGCCGCUGCUGUCGCUGAUGCCGCCAUGAAGGACGAUUCAGACUACAGUUUUCUGGUCAGUCUUAUGCCACACUUGAAGUCGCUAUCCACUAUGAACAAUCUCAAAUUCCGUGUCGAGGUGAACCGCCUAUUAAUGGAACUCAAUAGGGAGGAGUUGCAGCGGCAGCCACAGGAGCGAGGACUGGGCGGACCCAACGGACUGCCCAAGCUGACGCCCGCGCCGGAUUCCAGCUUUGCCACACAGCAGGACCAACAGCAUCUUUCCAAUUCCAGCUACCACUAUGGUAAUGAGAAUCAUAAUGGUAGCGUCCCAUCCCCAUCGUCAUCUGGCUAUGUUGAUAUCUCAAUGAUCGAAUGCGAUGUUAAGAUAGAGAACGAACCCCUGCUUUGAUUUAAAGCACAUUUUUUAUUCUGCUGCAUCCAAAACUUAAUUAUAAAAUAUUACAUUCGUAUGAAAUAUUGUUAAAAUUACCAUUAGAACCUACAUUCUUUCGAUUUUGUAGCCCUACGGAAAGACGUUUUUUGCCAAACAAAGACUUUAAAUUUAUAUGAUUUGCUAAAAUAACGGGAAAAGUGAAUGUUUCUUUAUGUCUUAUGUAUCCCAACAAAUCCAAUUUCUUAUUAUUUGAUUCUAUUAUGUAUACAAUAAAUAAAACAA